UGUCAGUGAGGCGGGCGCUGGGAGUGUCUGCUGGGUGUAGCAGCAGCCCGACGUCUCGUUAGUGUGAAUGACUUGAAAAAAACACUAACAACAGCUCAGCAGGCGAAACGCUCACGGAAAACUGAGGGACAUUUUUCUUUUGUAACUUCUUCCCGCUUCCUUCCUUCCCCCACCUGUAUGACUGCGUGAAGACAAAAGCGACUCAGCUAUGGAGAGCUCCUUUGAGGUUUCCCAGACUGACGGCACCUCUAACCCCAAACCAUUUCUGGCCCCCAAACCUCGACUCACUCCCAAGCCCUUCUCUCUGCAGAAGAACACCACCAUUCGCUCCAUCCAUGCCCCAAAGACGGUCACUUCAAACUCGAAGAAAACCACACAGCAGACGGUAAAAUCAGAAGCUGCAGGUCUCCCCAAACCUUCAGUGACAGCACCCGCACCGAAACCCCCUCAACAAACCCCCACCCCUGCUUCCAAACCCAAGACAGAUGUAAGUGUCUUACCGAAAGGUCCACCAAAGUCAACCAAAGAAGGGAUAGCAAGUGGAGAGGAUACUCUUGAUUCCAGCGUGGUAAAACCUGAUCCUGCUCCACCCAAAGUGACACCCAAGCCUCCGCCAAUCCAGAAAGACGAUGUCAUCCAAGCAAACCACAAAGCAUCCACGGAAAUUGUAACUAAACCAGUACAGAAAGAGGAAAAUAAGAAAGAAUAUGAAUCGCAGACUUCUGUCGUACAAAACCUUGAAGAAUCAGGCAGUGACGUUUCCUCUACAGACAAUCCGGCGUAUGGAUGGGGCGGCAGCAGGAAGCGUCUGUCCAUGAAGCUCACCUCCAAGUUUGAGUCAGGUGGCCCAUGUCUGACCCCCCAGCCAGCUGUUACCAUCACAACAACCGACACCAAAGAUGAUGCAGACAAGCCAGAGCCUUCGGACCCAGAGCCGAGCCAGCCGACAUCAGAGCCGUCCAACAAGGAGGACGAUGAUGGAGCGCUGCUGGGGGUAAACAGCGGAGGAGGAAGCAUACAACGCAGAAUCAGCCUCCUGUUUGACUCCUCAUCGAAGCCAGAGAUCAUGACAAAGAGAGAAGAGCCGGAAAUUAUAAACGGUACAGGAAGUGUGAAGGGUGUAAGGGAGAGAAUGAAAAUCUGGGCGAAGGAAACACCCCCCGAGGAUCCAAAGACUGAGAAGAAGCCUCAGGUUGCUCCAAGAUCUCGCUCCAAGAGCUUUGAGCCAGCAACUGCUCCAACAGUGGAAACACCCACAAUGCCGCCUGUUGAACCCCCUGCUCCUGAAACCUCGUCCAGUCACACAUUGGAUCUUCCAUCAAAGGUGUCGCCCGCCAAACCACCCACAGAGACCCCGAUGGAAACAUCCAAAGACGCUCUUACUGAUGCCCGCUCAACAGAAAGCUCCAAAGAAACGCCAGAAGAGGAUAUGGAGGACACGUCAAGUGAAGGGAGUGUCAAACUACGCAAACAAGGCUCAUAUACACUCAACGCCGAUGAGGGAGACUCCAGUGAGACACCUGAACACGCUCUCAAGAGGGACAAUGUCAAACGACGCUCUGUUCGCUUCGGUGUGGUGGAGAGAGAUGAUGGUGGGCCUCCAUUGAUCCUGGGCUCACCGUCUUCCAGCGAGGAUGAAGAGGAGGAGGAAGAAGAAGAAGAAGAAGAAGAAUCUGAGGAUGAAGCUAAAGAGGACGUCCCUACGCCUGUCUACAGAAGAGUAGGAGGUCUACAGAAGAAGGAAGACGAUAAGGCGGAAGAAGAAGAACGUCUGAAACAUUUGGAAUUUGAAAAAAGACGAAGGGCAGAUGAACACGAGCAGCCGAGAGUCAAGAUGGAAGAAGAGGAAGAGAAGGCGAGGCCGAGGGAAGAGGAGGAGAGGGAGAGAGGAAGGUGGAAAGGAGAGGAGAUGGAGCGGGAAAGACAGAAGGAGUUGAUGUGGCAGAGGCAGAGAGAAGAGGAAAGAGAGAGGGCCAAACAGAAAGAGCAGAGACUUCAACAAGAUCAGGAAGAGGGGAACAAGAGAGAAGUUAUUAAUAAGAAGAAACAAAGAGAGGUGGAGUGGGAACAAGAGUGGGUGAAGCAGACGGAGAGGAUACAAGAAGAAGGACAGAGGGAAGGAGAGAAAGAGCUGGAGUUGCAAAAACAGAGAGAAGAGGAAAGAGAGAGGGUGAAACAGAAAGAAGAGAGACUGAGACGAGAUCAGGAGGAGAGGAAAGAGGGAGUGGACGAGAGACUGGUUAACGGGAAAGAAGAAUACAACGUCCAGCGAAAAGUGAGAGAGAAGGAAGGGAACAAGAAGCUGCAAAGAGAGGAGGAGUGGGAGAAAGCCUGGGUGAGCCAGGCAGAGAGGCUGAGUGGGGGAGACGAGAAAGAGAUGGAGAGAGAGAAAGAGAUGGAGAGAGAGAAAGAGAUGGAGAGAGAGAAAGAGAUGGAGAGAGAGAUGGAGAUGGAGAGAAUGAGGCAAAUUCAGCUAGAGAGGCAGAGAGAGGAGGAGAGAAGGGAAGAGGAAAGGAAGAGGCAGAGAGAGGAGGAGAUAAGGGAAGAGGAAAGGAAGAGACAGAGAGAGGAGGAGAUAAGGGAAGAGGAAAGGAAAAGAGAGGAGGAGAUAAGGGAAGAGGAAAGGAAAAGACAGCGAGAGGAGGAGAUAAGGGAAGAGGAAAGGAAAAGACAGAGAGAGGAGGAGAUAAGGGAAGAGGAAAGGAAGAGACAGAGAGAGGAGAGAGGAGAAGAGGAAAGGAAAAGACAGAGAGAGGAGGAGAUAAGGGAAGAGGAAAGGAAGAGACAGAGAGAGGAGGAGAUAAGGGAAGAGGAAAGGAAGAGACAGAUAGAGGAGGAGAGAAGGGAAGAGGAAAGGAAAAGACAGAUAGAGGAGGAGAGAAGGGAAGAGGAAAGGAAAAGACAGCGAGAGGAGGAGAUAAGGGCAGAGGAAAGGAAGAGACAGAUAGAGGAGGAGAGAAGGGAAGAGGAAAGGAAGAGACAGAUAGAGGAGGAGAGAAGGGAAGAGGAAAGGAAAAGACAGAGAGAGGAGGAGAUAAGGGAAGAGGAAAGGAAGAGACAAAGUGAGAAAGACCCAUUUGAGGAGCUGGAGAAACAAAUGCGAGAGGAAUUUGAGAUAAAGCAUGCACAAGAACUGGAAGAAAACCGAAGAAAGGAAGAAGAGAGAGAAAGGGAGAGGCACAUUAGGCUGAAGGAGCUGCAAGAAAAGGAAGAAGAGAUGGAGAGAAUGAGGCAGAUGAAGCUGGAAAGACAGAGAGAGGAGGAGAGAAUGGAAGACGAAAGAAAGGGGCAGAUGGAGAAAGAAAGAGCGGUGGAGCUGGAGAGAAACCUGCGAGAGGAAUACGAGAGAAAGCGAGCACAAGAACGGGGAGAAAAGCUCAAAAUGGAGGAAGAGAGAAAAAGGCAAGAAAGAGAGAGUGUGGCAGACAGAGCAGAGACAAAUUUAAUCAACUUUGACUCUGAAGAUGUGCCUCAGAAGUCGCUGCUUUCCCCCACAAAGAGGGAGGCGGAGGUUGUCUACGAUGACUUCUCCGUCAGGCCGCCUGACAUGCACGUGGUUUAUGACGACUUCUCCGUCAAACCCAAGAGAUGGGGCUCGAAGCCGAAAGCAGACACCAGACCGCCCUCGAAGACUUGGGCAGACGUCUCUGGGAACAGACAGGAAGCUGUUGAUUGGUUGGCGCCCCUGGAAGUCAGUCCUGUGGAAAACAGAGUGCGUGAGCAGGAGGAAAGAACAAUCCUCCCCGAGCCUACAAUAGCCCCGGAAAGUCAGGAGAAAGAGGAAGAGGAGCAGAGCCCAGAAGAGGAAGAGCUUAUCUCCAUGGAGGUGGCGGAGGAAGAAGAGGAGGAGGAAAAAGACGACAAGCUAAAGGCACCUGUUAACAGUUAUAGCCCAACGGGGGAAGACACUGAUGCUUUGAUAGACAGUGAGCCAGAGCAGCAGAAUGAGGCCUGCGAGCAGACAUCUGACAUUGACAGCCCAGAGCCCGUCCCUGGCGAGGUUCCUGAAGAACCCUCUGAAGACCCUGAUACCACUGACUUCUCCAGAGAGCCGGAGCAGGCUCCAUUCCCUGAGAGCUCCACUCCCCUCCUCGACACCAGCGCUCAGAGAUCAAAGGCAGAUCUGGGUAAGCGGCGAAGUCGGUCGCGUCCGCCACGCUCGAUGCGUGGAGGUUUCUCUCCAAAGGAAAGUCAGGACUGGAGGGCCCAGGACACCACAGAUGAAAAGAAGGCAUCGUCUAAGCAAAGGGAUUCAGACUCUGAGGAGGAGCAGCCUAAACCGAAGAUAGCUCGUUCUCCUCCCCCCUCUCAGAGAGUCCCCAUGUUCACUGGUUUGAACCCGGCAUCCCUUAUUGCUCAGCUGAAAAGGAGAACAGGUGGAGGAGGAACCGGAGGAGGAGAGGAAAAGGAAGAAAACAAGGGAAGAGAAGAGAAGGAAAGUCGAAAUGAGGAAGCGGCUCCAUCUCCCUCAAAACCCUCCCGCUCUCCUCGCCCACCCGCUCGCUCUCCUCGCCCGGCCGCUCGCUCUCCUCGCCCGGCCGCUCGCUCUCCUCGCCCGGCCGCUCGUCUCGCCGGGGCGGCCCGAGUCCUGCCACCCAUAGGUGGUGGGGGAGGAGGGCCUGUCUCCUCACCCGCCUGGCUGAAAGAACUGAAGUCUAAGAAGCGCCUGAGUCAGCACAACAGCGAGGCUUAGCCAGACGCAGGAGACACUGGGACAAGGCUGUUCAGCAAGAAUCAAUCCAUCUCAGCUGCUGCUGCUGCUGGCAUGAUUGCUCCAUUUUCCACUUUAAGUGCCUUAUUUUGGACAUUUACUGAGAAAUGCAACAGGGGUAUUCAGGCUUUUGCUGAACGUAGUGGCCAUCAAGAACUUGUCUGGCCUGUACAUGAAAUAUGGUGCCAAGUCUGUGAUGUGUUCAUUCCAAGUACAUGAUUUAUUUUCUGCUGUACAGAGGCUCAGUGGAGGCAAAAUACCCCAUUGUAAUUCAGAGCAAAGCCAUGGACUGUCCUAUUGUUUGAAUGUAUAAGUCCAAUAUAUAGUGACAGGACCGAUGAUACUAGGCUUCAGCAGGGUAUUGCUCGUCACACACACACACACACACACACACAGUCACACAGUCACACACACACGCACACACACACACACACACACACACACACACACACACACACACACACACACACACAUACACACACCUAAGUACAGAACAUACUGAAUAUACAUAUAGAUUGCACCUUGUGUGUAUUUAGUUAAAAUUGUACAAAAUGCUUUUUACAUUAUCUUUCUAAUCACAAGUAAACCUUUAAGCACUUUAAGAACAUUUUUAACAAAUGAUGGUACAUCUAAGCAAUACAAGAAUCAAGUUUGUUUGUUUUAAUUGUUUCACCAUGUAUGUCUAUUCUCUUUCCAGUUCCAAAAUGUAAAAUGUACAAUGACUAGGAUUUUAUAAAAAAAAAUUAUUGAUUCAUACGAAAAAUAAUCUAUCAACUAUUGUGUUUACAAACUAAAAUUGACAAAUUCUUCUUAUUGUGCCUUUAAAGAUGCACUUCCUGGAUUUUGUCCAAUCGUCCAGUAGCUUGUCAGAACAUCACCAGUGAGCUGGUGAAGUAUAUUUCUAUGCUGUAACAGAAUCAGGAAUUGUUUUUGUAAAAUAUGAAACCCAGAAAAAUGCAAUCAUCUGCUCGAGAUGCUUUUAUGUGCCUUUUUCAAUGUUAAAGAGUGGCUGUCAUCAAUGCAGUAAUCAUGUAUGAUCAAUGUCAUGUAUAAUAAGAGGAAAUUGAGGGAAUUUUAUUAAAACCUUUUUCUAUGAAAUGCAA